CACACCCCAUAUACUAAACCAGACCAAAACACCCAACAUGCCACUCCCACCUCCACCCCCGGGCCAUGUCAACUACAUAACAUUAGACGUGUUCACCAGCACAGCCUACACAGGCAACCCGCUGGCCGUCGUCUUCGUCCCUCCACCUCCUGCCACCUCCACCUCCACCAACACAAAAACCCUAACUCAACGCCAAAAACAAACCCUCGCCCGCGAAUUCAACUUCUCUGAAACCAUCUUCAUUCACCCCGAACCCUCCAGUAACAGCAGCAGCAGCAGCAGCAACAAAACUCACCGCACAAUUGACAUCUUCACGCCCACCUCCGAACUCCCCUUCGCAGGCCACCCCACCAUCGGCGCCGCGGUCUGGUUCCUCCACCUGCGUCUUUCAUCCCUUACCCCUGCCGCUACCUCUACCUCCAACCACAACAAAGAAAAUGGGAUAACGCACCUCAUCACCAAAUCUGGGACGAUCCCCAUCGCUGCUGGCCCCCCAACAAGCCCCAUCCCCAGCCCCAAUCCCAACCCCAGCAUCCCCUCAAACACGGCCCCGGCACCGGCACCGGGGAAGGGCGCAGACGCAGGCGAGGGCGUCACCGCGCGGAUCGCACAUAACCCGCACCUGCACGGGAAGCGGUUCCCUCUACGGGAACUCCUGCGGCUGCACGGGUCUUUGGCGCCGUUCUUCAGUCCAAAAGACUCGGACCAGGGGGAGCAGCAUCAGCAGCAACACCAGGAAGGAAUCUCCUUCCCCGUGUUCUCGAUCGUGAAGGGCAUGUCGCAGGUUCACGUGGAGGUGCCGUCGUUGGCGGCGUUGGAGGCGGUGACGACCUCUCUGGGCGGGGAGGUGGUGGGUCCGGAGAGUGGGUUGAUGGAUGUCACCGAUGGGUGGGCGGUGGGGCAUUGUGUGCUUUAUUUCUACGUGAGGGGGGUUCAGGAGGACAGCGGCCGAGAGGUGAUACGCACGCGGGCGAUGAUUGGGAAUGUCGAGGAUCCGGCGACGGGGAGCGCGGCGUGUGGGUUGGCGGCUUAUCUAUCUUUGACGGAGGAGAGCACCCCAACGGAGAAGAAGAGGGUGUUUGAGUUUGUGCAGGGGGUGGAGAUGGGGAGACGGAGUGAGAUUGGCGUGGAGGUGGAGAUGGGCGACGAUGCGCAGACGAUCGCGUAUGUGGAUCUCAGGGGGAGUGCUGUGAAGGUGUCCGAGGGGACGAUUGCGAUCCCCCCGGAGUAGUAUAUACUACGUACAAAGUGUUCGGCAUGCAUCACGUAUAU